AUGGCAGGUGCAGUUGCAAAGCUUUCUGAGGCCAAAAAGCAGCACUAUCCUUCCUUUAUGGGUUUCAUCAUCGCCAAUGAUAUCCUUCGGAGACUACACAGAGUCAAUGGAUACGGGAACAAUAACAACCCUAACUCCAAGCGAUGUGUUAGGAAACGUAUGGAAAACUGUCCGAACCGCUAUCAGGGGAUGCUGCCACGACGCGCCCUUGACCAUUCAAUUUUGAUGCGAACUUGGAUCCCCCACAUCGUCGCCUCCACCGGCGGCGCUCUUCCUGAAUCAGUACGCCAGCGCCAAGAAUGGUGCACCAAGAUCCUCCAACUCGCGAGGAAUCUUACCCACGAGGAGUUCCGCCUACUGAAAAAGAGAUGCGACUGCUGUCUGGACCGUGCUUACGCCCUACACCGGCACAACAGCAAGACGUUUAAAUGCGGCAAAUGCUCGCCAUUUGGGAUUGCGUGCCCCAAGGACCCUGGAACUGGGAAGCGCAAGCCGGACCGCGACGAUGAACAGGCUCGGAAGAAAGCUCGAAGUGAUCCGAGUGUGGAGGAAGAAAUCGCUGAGUUGAAGGUGCAGAUCGCGCAGUUGCAGGAGCACGUGGGGAAGAUGACGGAGAUAUUGAGCAGGAAUGAGGCCUCCCGGCGGCGGGCGAACUUUGAAUUGUCGUUGAUGUUGAUGCAGUUAGGGAAUGUUUGCAAAGGUUUCGAAAAAGAUAGUUUUCAUCCUUCGCUGUGCUAG